AUGUUAAUCGAUCGUUUUAAAAUAGCACAAGCUUUGUUGAGUGAAGAAAGCAGUCUGUUGGUAUUGCAUGAUGAACAACCCUCAACAAAGCAGAAGCUCUCAAAUAUGGCCCUCACUAAGUUGCAUAGAGGAUGGUUUGCUGGGCCAUCACUGCAGCUGCUCGUUUGCGGUAAACGAUGUAUUGUUGCAGCUGCAAAUUGUCACUUUGACAAACAUAAUAUGGCAAAGAGCUUUUCCGUUACUAUUAUUUACUUAGAUUACUUAUUAUGCGAAAUGAACUCAAAUCAGAUUUUUGGAAUAGCUCGAUUUAAUUCCAGAAGAAGUGAUUACCAAAGCCAAACGAAUAAUUACGGCAAGGCACUUAUAUUCUUGGGUGAUAAACUACACGCAGUGUAUCUUGGCCACCGAUUCCUUUGUCUCUUCCCUACUGUCAGAGACUUUACGCAAUAA